CUAUCGCAUCGCACGCUGCCGCCCGCCAUUAGAUGUGGCCAGGAGACACGUGUCAUACCGCGUAUACUGCAAUUACGCUCCCACUGGAUGAAAUCGGAGAAAGAAUCGAUGCGACUGUUGGAGGCGGGCAUCACCAAGGAGGUGAUGAACAGUGCCAUAGCGCAAUUCUGCCUAGAAAUCAUCGCCAAACAUGGUGAACCAGCACCACGACUAUGCAACAAGGAUCCGUUGACGCUGAAGAUGGGCUCCUACGUGAUAGAACUUUUUCCAAAUGCGAAAUUCUUGUUUAUGGUACGAGAUGGGCGCGCCACUGUGCAUUCAAUCAUCUCGCGGCACGUAACGAUAACCGGCUUCGAUCUGACCAGCUAUCGGCAAUGUAUGCGGAAGUGGAACACCGCCAUCGAAGUGAUGCACAACCAGUGCAAGGAGAUUGGCAAGGAGCGCUGCAUGAUGGUUUAUUAUGAACAGUUGGUUCUGCAUCCAGAAGAAUGGAUGCGAAAAAUAUUAAAAUUCCUCGAUGUACCAUGGAAUGAUGCGGUGUUGCACCACGAAGAAUUCAUCAACAAGCCAAAUGGUGUGCCGCUGUCAAAAGUCGAGCGUUCCUCGGAUCAGGUCAUCAAGCCAGUAAAUUUGGAAGCGCUAUCCAAAUGGGUGGGCAACAUACCCGAUAAUGUGGUGCGUGAUAUGGCCGAUAUUGCGCCAAUGUUGUCCAUUCUCGGCUAUGAUCCCUAUGCGAAUCCACCGGAUUAUGGUAAGCCAGAUGCUUGGGUACAGGAUAAUACAUUUAAGGUAAAGGCCAACCAGCAACAAUGGGAAAAUAAGGCGAGAAAUGAGCUGCACCUGGUCCAACAUCAAGUACCUAAAGGCUUUAAAUCGCAGGAGGGGGACGACAACAAUAACCAGAACAACGGCAACAACAACAAUGACAAGGACAAUAACAAUUUGCGACGACGUAACGGCAACCAAAAGGAAAACAGCAACAAAAAAGAUAAACGAAGCCAGGACUAUGGCAACAUGGACUAUGAGGAUGAUAACACUGACAACAAUAACAACAACAAUAACAAUCCAUCACCACAAGGCCGCGACGAAACGCAGUAUGACAAUCUAGUUUGGGUUAAGCCGCUAGCUGGCGGUGGCGGCGGCGGAGGCGGCAGUAUCAAUGGAGAGCGAUUAGGAAAAGGCGCACCAAAUAGCCCCAGCAGUUAUACGGAUACGAAUACAGACACGCGCGACCAGCGCACAUGAUAUCAGAGAGUUGGCGACAUCGCGCAGUCGCAACAACAAGAACAGCGGCCCCAACAACAGCGACAGCAACAACAACAACAACAACAACAGCACCAGCACCAGCAACAACGAAUGGCGCUGCCGCGUCGUUCGAGUUAUCGGCGACGUUUGCGUCGAAAUCACUGAAUCCGCAGGCACAAAUCCACAUUGACUCGUAUACUUACUUACAUAUAAAAAUAGCAUACCAAUAACCACACACACACACACACACUGACGCACAGUCGUACACCCGCAUUACGCUGAAUUGCGUUAGUUGAACUAAAAUGAACUGAAGUGAACUGAGGUGUUGAUCCGCGGUCCACAUAGCCGCAUAUACACUGACAAUGACAAUGACUAUGCUGACAAUCCCAUUGAGUGCAAAAACGCUCACGGAAGUGAGUGUAUGGAUGUGUGCGCGCAAGUGUGCAAAGGAAACGGAAGUCUACGACAGCAGUUAACAAUAAAUGAGAAAUAAACGUAACUUUCAAUUGAAUGGUUUGUUGGAAUAACAGCAUAACAAAAGCAAUGGAUUGGCAGUGAAAGGCAGAAAAAAUAGACUAUGCAAAAGUAUUGCGAAAAAAAA